CUUGGAACCAAUACUGAGAGGGGGAGAGAGAGAGAGAGAGAGAGAUUCUCUCUACUAUUGCACAGUGAAUGCAAACCGGUGGUUGUCACGUUGAACUGCUGACGUAGAGAAUUUCGGUUCUGGAAAACAAUGCAUGUUGGUUAGAAAUCCAUUGGUGCAUAGUAACGUCAAUUAAUUUGUUUUAAUUAAUUAAUAAUUUAACGAAAAGACGUCGCGAUUUUCGACGAAUAGCAAGGCACGAUAAUGCAUACGGUUCUAACGCGCGGAAAUGCUAUCUUAGCGUACACGUUGAGCGUGUCAGCUUGCCUUACAUUUUGCUGUUUCCUCUCAACAGUGUUUAUCGAUUAUAGAACAAACGCCACGUUAAAUACAGUUAAAGUUGUUGUGAAGAAUGUGCCAGAUUAUAGUGCAUCAAGGGAAAAGAAUGACCUGGGUUACUUAACUUUUGAUUUACAAACUGAUCUCACUCCAUUAUUUAAUUGGAAUGUUAAACAGUUAUUCCUGUAUCUUACAGCGGAAUACCAAACAGAAAAUAAUGAAUUUAAUCAGGUAGUAUUAUGGGAUAAAAUUGUACUUCGUGGAGAUAAUGCUGUAUUAGACUUCAAGAACAUGAAUACAAAAUACUAUUUCUGGGAUGAUGGCAAGGGUCUUAGGGGAAAUAAGAAUGUCACGUUAAUAUUGUCUUGGAAUAUUAUACCAAAUGCUGGAUUGUUACCUAGUGUUAAUUCUCUCGGUUUUCAUACUUUCGCAUUCCCAUCUGAAUAUACGACAUUGCGUGUAUAACAUUAUAUUUAGAUAUAUACGCGUUACGAUCUUGAUUGUUGAUUUUGUAACGUUUUUAUUUUAAAUUUCGUAAAAUCCAUGCAUAAUAAAUAUGAUAUUAUUUCUUCACAGA